UAUUAGAAGGUGCAUAAAUUUCAAUUGUCCAAAACAAAUAACUUGUGACUGACAGUAAAGGUGUUUUUGCUUAUCACGCUACAAGACUUUGUUCCUACGUAUAUCGCAACGACGUAAAUUUUCAAAAAUGCAAGGAAGUUUUGUUAUAAGACGAAAUAAAAUACUUCAAGAUCUUUUGAAAAGCGUCAUAUAUAAUAAACACGAUAUUCUUGCAAUAAAUAAACCAUAUGGUUUACCAAUACAAGGUAAUUCAAAUACAUCCAUUAGUCUGAAUUCUCUACUUGAGGAUUUUGCCAAAGUAAAUGGUAUGACAAAUGUACCAAAAUUGGCACACAGAUUAGACAGAGAUUGUACUGGAGUGCUUUUGUUGACAAAAUCUGACCAAGCAGCCAAGUUUCUUGGUGAAGCUUUCCGAGAAAGAAAAGUGGACAAAAGGUACUGGUGUGUCGCCAUUGGAUGCCCAACCAACAACGAAGGUGAAAUAACAGUUGCACUAAAAGAGCGCGAAAUAAACGGACGUUUUAAAAUCUCAUUGUACGAAGACAGCAGUCAGGAGAAACUAACAACAACAAAAACGAAAUACAGAGUUCUCGCCCAAAAUAAAAACACAUGUUCAUUACUGGAGGUGCAGCCCGAAAGCGGGCACAAACAUCAAAUACGUGUACAUCUAGCUCAAGGUCUUGGAUUACCUGUGCUGGGAGAUCACAAAUAUUCUUCAGAUAGACAAGAACCACAGAUUAUACCUUUGCGUUUGCUUCAAUUGCUUGGAUUUAAAGGUGUACCAAAUACACAUACUGGUAAACGAAAGAUUCAAGCAUGGCAAAGGGCAAGUAUUCCACUACAUCUACAUGCAAAGGAAAUUCAUUUCAAAGGAUUGGAUUCAAAGCCAGUGAUUAUUAGAGCGCCACUGCCAGAGUUUUUCAGUGACACAUUAUCCUGUUUGAGGUUAGAUCCAUUGAGGACGGAGCAAAAACGCUCAAAAAUCGAAAAACAAUACAGCGAAUUGAAGCAAAUAGGAAUCUCAACAAGUAUCGCUUCAGGUUUUUGAUAAAUAAAGAUUAUGUUUACCAUAAUCUUGGUAACCUUAUCAUUAUUAUUAUUAUAGCUAUUUGAAAGGUUAAAAAUAAUACGUACGAAAGAAAUGAAGAUUUCAUUACUUUCUACUAGAGAAGGAACAUAGCAAUUGUUGGUCCACGUUCACUUGUAUAGGUAAUUACUUCAAUACGUCAUAGAUAACGUCAUCAAUGACGGAUGGUCACGUUAACCAGAAACGUCAUGAAUGACUGAAAUCGUUGAACUGUCAAUUAUCAAUAGCUUAGAGCAUCUAUCCCUUACGAUGUGAUAUGAAUUUUGCAUAAAAUAUAAAUAAAAACACACAAACUUCAA